AUGGGUUCCAAUGAUUCCGAAAGCGUGGUCCAGUCGGGUAAGCUCGCGGUACACAUCGCUGAGAACGGCCAUUCGUAUGAGCUCGAAUGUGAUGAGUACACUCCGGUCGAGUCCAUACAGAGGUACUUGGAAUCACUCUCCGGAAUACCCUUGACCGAUCAGCUUCUCUUGUGCCUGGACAUGAAACUCGAGCCCCAACGCCAGCUGUCUGCCUACAAGCUCCCAGCCGAAGGCCGUGAAGUAUUCCUAUUCAAUAAAUCGAGAAUGCGCAGUAAUUCAGCCCCUCCAACUCCAGAACAAAUCGAGAUCAUCGACAUCCCGGACCCACCAUUGCCGUCUCCAUCUAAUAACUCCCACCCAUUGGAUGAUUCACCGGACCCUGCUUUGAAAGCCCUGCCCUCGUACGAGAGGCAGUUUAGAUACCAUUUCCAGUGCGGGCAUGCGAUCUACAGCCGGACUCAGGCGAAAGUCGAAGCUUGCGAGAGGCUGCUGCGGGAGCAGAGGGUGCAGGAGCGGGCCCUGGAGAUCGCAAGGGGCAAUUUGGACUUUUUCUACAAGAUUGUGCUCCAGAACUACGCGGACUUCAUGAAGUGUUACACCCAGCAGCACCGUGGGCACACGAGCCUACUGGUGAACUUUGGGAGGGAUAUGGAGAGGUUGAGGUCUGUGAAGCUUCAUCCUUCUUUGCUAACCGGUAACAGGAAAUGCCUUCUCGAUUUCGUUAAGGAGGAGAAUCUGAGGAAGGCCGUGGAAGACUGUGGAAGUUCGCAUAGGCAGUUUGAGAACAAGGUUUCAGAGUUCAAGCAGGAGUUUGGAGAUCUGAAGCGGAACACGGAGAAUUUGUUCUCCGGCCGAGCUUUGUUUCUUGUCAAGGACUUGGAUAUGGCGAUGAAGGAGCACCAACGGUUUAUUAAUGAGCAGAAGAGUAUAAUGCAAGCUUUAAGCAAAGAUGUUAACACCGUAAAGAAACUCGUGGACGAUUGUCUCUCGGGCGAGCUGUCAUCUUCCUUGCGUCCUCACGAUGCGGUCUCUGCAUUGGGGCCUAUGUACGACAGCCAUGAGAAAAGUUACCUUCCAAAAAUGCACGCAUGUGACCGUGCAAUCUCCAAUCUGCUCGAUUUCUGCAGAAAUAAAAAGAACGAGAUGAACAUCUUCGUGCACAACUACAUGCAAAAGAUCGCAUACAUACAGUACACCAUUAAAGACGUUCGGUACAAGUUUUCCGUGUUCCAGGAGGCUCUGAAGCGCCAAAACGACCAAUUUGAGCACUUGAAAGUGGUCCGAGGCAUCGGGACCGCGUACAGAGCGUGCCUUGCCGAGGUCGUGAGGAGAAAAGCCGAGAUGAAAAUCUACAUGGGCAAAGCCGGACAGUUGGCUGAGAAACUCGCAACCGAGAGGGAAGCUGAAGUGAGGAGGCGUGAAGAGUUCUUGAAAGUGCACAGUAGUUUUAUUCCUAGGGACAUUUUAGCUUCCAUGGGUUUGUACGACACCCCCAACCCGUGCGACGUCAAUGUGACCCCCUUCGACAAUAAUUUGCUCGACAUAGAUCUUUCGGACAUUGACCGCUAUGCCCCUGAAUCGGUGUUGGGGGCCUCCUCCUCGAGGAGUGGUUCCCGUUCGGGUGGAAUUGAAGUUGAGGCGGGUUUUAAUGACAAGUGUGAUUCUGGUGAGGAGUCGGAUUUGGUGGAGAUAGCUGGGACCAGCAAGAUGGAGGUGGAGAACGCGAAACUGAAAGCUGAGCUGGCAUCUAAAAUCGCCUUGUUGUGCUCCAUGGAUGCUGAGCUGGACUACGAAUCUCUCGAAGAGAGUAAGUUGGAGAAUGUGCUGAAAAAUGCGGCCGCGAAGACAUCUGAGGCCUUGCAUUUGAAAGACGAGUACGAAAAGCACCUCCAGUCGAUGCUGAAGGCAAAGCAGAUGCAGUGCGAGUCUUACGAGAAGCGGAUUCACGAGUUAGAGCAAAGGUUGUCUGAUCAGUACGGGCUCAAGCUUAAAAACGACGAGGAUGCAUCGGAUUCUGCAGUUUUGUCUGAAAAAACUGAUGAUAACAAGUCAGAAGUAUCGGGAGUUGGAGAAUUGCACGUUCCGCAUGCAAUGGAAGAGGUCUUUGGCGGGUCGAGCUCAUUGAAAUCCGGGCUUGAUAAUAAGGCUCAAGAAGUAGAUGAUAAUAUGGUGGAUUCGUCGACUAUGCUGAAUACUCAGUUGGAUUCAUCAAUGGUAGAUUUACAGCGCGAUAAAGGACAAACGUCUGAGAAGGAUAAGAAGGAGAGGUUAUUGGAUGAUGAAGGCAUGGCACUGUCUGCAAGCAAUAUGGCCGUUAGCAUGUCACAGCCAGCGGAUGCUUUAUCAUUUGAAACGGCUCUUGGAUCGAGUUUGGAUGCUAAACUAAGUGAUGGUGUUGUGAUGGAAUUGAGAAAAUCACUAGAUGAGAAAUCCAGUGAAUUAGGUAAUGCAGAAUUGAAGAUCCAAGGAUUAAUGGAUGAGGUUUCGAAGCUUGGUAGGGAGCUGGAGAUGAGUCAGAAGCUUCUCGAUGAAUCUCAGAUGAAUUGUGCUCAUUUGGAGAACUGUCUGCACGAAGCAAGAAAGGAAGCCCAAACCAAUCUUUGUGCAGCUGAUCGAAGGGCUUCGGAGUAUAGUGCAUUGCGAAUCUCUGCAGUCAAAAUGCGUGGUCUUUUUGAAAGGUUGAAAAAUUGUGUUUUGUCAUCUGGGGUGGCAAAUUUUCCAAACUCUUUACGUGGUUUAGCUCAGUCUAUAGCCAGUGCUGCCAAUGAAAGUGAAGAUGACGGUACAGCCGAGUUUCGUGAGUGUCUUCGUGUACUUGCUGAUAAAGUUGGUGCAAUAUCGAGACAGCGUGCUGAGUUGCUCGACCGGCAGUCCAAAGCUGAAGCUGCAAACGAACAGCUUAGUAAGGAAUUAGCAGAAAAGAGUGAGUUGGUCAACACUCUGUACAUGAAGCAUCAACAGGAAAAGCAGGCAAACAAGGAGAAGAUAUCUUUUGGUCGGCUAGAAGUCCACGAAAUAGCUGCUUUCAUCCUGAACUCCACCGGCUAUUACGAGGCCAUCAACCGUAACUGCCCUUACUAUUUUCUUUCGUCCGACUGCAGAUUGAUUCAGUCGGUUUUAGAAGCAUAA